AUGCCCAUAUGGCAAGCGAUGAAAGCGACUUCAGCAGCCCCACGAUAUGUGCAAUCCGAGCCCGGCGUCCCGCAACGCUUCGUGAUUGAAAAAGGCCUUGUCGACCAUGGGACUACAAAGAACAAUCCGAUUCGCGAUAUUCUAUACGAGUGUAGAAAGCUGUUCCGAUAUGCCAACGACAUGAUGAUCAUUGUCUCAGUCGGAACCGGCGCCGGUCUCGAUCGGAAAAAUGAAAUCCCUGAGAUGGCAAACAGCGUCGAGGAUAGGAAGGCCGAAGCAAGAACUUGGGGCGAGAAAUUUGAGGCCGAACAUGCGGCACUAAUGGAGCGGAACUGGAUGAAGUACUUUCGGUUCGACGUGACGGGACUGGAAGAUGUGCCACUGGAGGAGUGGAGUCACGAGGAUCUAAUCAAAGAAAAGACGUCGGCGUACCUGGCCCAGCCAGAGGUUGGACAGAGAUUUUAUGCGUGUGUCGACGCGAUAACGGCGUUACUGCUGAGCCCGCAGGGAAGGUAG